AUGGACAUUGUCGAAGAGGCGGUAAAUUCAAGGCUUCGAAAGCAUAUGGCCAAUGUCCUGAAUCUGGUUUGCAUUGUACAGAUACUGCAGAUCUACCUGCACGACCUCUCAAUAUUCCGGCUCGUGUACAACUUGCUGCUGCAGUACUCCGGCCUGUCUCCGCAGUACGACGAACUACGAGGAUCCGCUGCGCCAGCUAACCGCCGCACAGUGUUGCUCAUGUUUGUUUUGAGCUACCUGGCCUCCCUCGUAUCCCAUGUGCUGUUCAAAUUGCCGCAGCCGGGCUUCGACGGCCGGUUACAUGGUAUUGUCAUGGUCGAGUUCAUCGGAGUCCUGCCCGUCAACCGGGUGUGGCUGUUGAUCUGGGACACUAUCGUGUUCUCGAUUCAGUUACUGCUCUAUGCCAUUAAUUUCCCUAUUCCAUCACACGCUCCCGAUUCAAUUGACCUGGGAACCCCCGACACAGAGGCUACCUCGCUGCUCCAGCAAACGGCCCUGUCUGUGGCAAAAGUCAUGAACGGCACGGCAGUUAUUUAUACUUGGGACCUCCCGCGAACCAUCAGCUACAGCUUGCAUCACCCGACAGACCCAGUAGGGCCCGAUCAGCCCGCACAGGAGCCGGCACCCCCGCUCUCUCCGUCGAUCCUGCCGACGGCAGUGCCAGUAAAUAUCUGA